AUGUCGAAACUCGACAAAGAGAGCCAUAUCCGCUACAUUGCGUCGCUAGAUUCGAAACGCGAUGACUACGAAUACUGGCUUUCGGAACACUUGCGUUUGAACGGUGUUUAUUGGGGCCUUACAGCGUUGUGUGUGCUGGAUUCCAAAACCACGUUUAACAGAAGUGAGAUUAUUGCAUUUGUGAGGAGCUGUUGGGACUUUAAAGCUGGUGCAUUUGCAGCUUUCCCGGGACACGAUGCGCACGUUUUAACGACGCUUUCAGGAAUUCAAAUUUUGGCCAUUUACGAUGCUUUGGAUGUACUUUUGGAAAAACCGGGCGAUGGCCGUGACAACAGCGAUAGCAGCAAUAGCAGCAACAUGAAGACGCAAUGCGUGGCCUUUUUGAGGUCCAACCAGCUCUCGGAUGGUUCUUUCCAGGGAGAUCGCUUUGGGGAAGUCGACACGCGUUUCGUAUACGCAGCGUUGAAUGCGCUGUCCAUCCUAGGUCAACUGACACCCGAAGUGGUAGAUCCAGCAGUCGAAUUCGUCAAGCUGUGCUACAAUUUUGACGGGGGAUUUGGAUUGAGCCCAGGGGCCGAGAGCCACGCUGCGAUGUCUUUGACUUGUAUUGCGGCGCUGGCCGUUGUCAAUAAACUCGAUGCUCUCUCGCCGGAACAGAUGGAAAAUAUAGCGUGGUGGCUCUGCGAAAGGCAGGUUCCAGAGGGCGGGCUGAACGGACGUCCCAGCAAGCAACCAGAUGUGUGCUACAGUUGGUGGGUGCUGUCGUCUUUGGCCAUCAUCGGCAAACGGGAUUGGAUUGAUUUCGACAAGCUUCGAGAGUUCAUUCUGCAUUCACAAGACCCAAAAAGGGGCGGAAUCAGCGAUCGUCCCGGCAAUGAGGUCGAUGUUUUUCACACUUGCUUUGGUGUGACAGGCUUGAGUCUGAUGGGCAAAGACAAUUUGGUCGAAAUCGAUCCUGUUUACUGCAUGCCUGCAUCCGUUACGCAGACCUUCAAGAAAUAUCCGUACCACGAGCAAUAA